CUCUCACAAUUCCCUCAGUUUCUCAUCUUGUACGUGCUGUAUUUUCUUGGCUUUCUGCUACUUUGAGUUGUUCCAAAAUGGCUGACCAAAUUCCAUUCGGUGUUGUGGAGCACAUUGUGACCAAGUUGGGGUCCAAGGCGUUUCAAGAAAUUGGAUCCAUGUAUGGUGUUCCAAAGGAGAUGACCAAGCUCAAUGGGAAACUGGGCACCAUCAAGGCUGUGCUUUUGGAUGCUGAGGAGAAGCAGCAGCAGAGCAAUCAUGCAGUCAAAGAUUGGGUCCGGAGGUUUAGAGGUGUUGUUUAUGACGCAGAUGACUUGCUGGAUGACUAUGCAACCCAUUAUCUUCAGCGAGGAGGAUUGGCAAAGCAGGUCAGUGACUUCUUCUCAUCUGAAAAUCAAGUUGCUUUUCGUUUAAACAUGAGUCAUAGACUCAAGGAUAUCAAAGAAAGGAUAGAUGAUAUUGCAAAAGAAAUCCCCAUGUUAAAUCUGACUCCACGGGACAUAGUACUACACACACGGGUGGAGAAUAGUGGGAGAGACACCCAUUCAUUCGUGUUAAAAUCUGAAAUGGUAGGAAGAGAAGAAAACAAAGAGGAGAUAAUAGGGAAGUUGUUGUCGUCCAAGGGUGAAGAAAAGCUUUCGGUUGUUGCCAUUGUAGGCAUUGGGGGGUUGGGUAAGACCACCCUUGCUCAAUUGGUAUACAAUGAUGAAAGAGUGGUCAAUCAUUUUGAGUUUAAGAUAUGGGCUUGCCUUUCUGAUGAUUCUGGUGAUGGUUUUGAUGUUAAUAUGUGGAUCAAAAAAAUUUUAAAAUCUCUGAAUGAUGGGGGUGCUGAAAGUCUGGAGACUAUGAAAACUAAGCUUCAUGAAAAAAUAAGUCAAAAGAGGUACUUGCUAGUCCUCGAUGAUGUUUGGAAUCAAAAUCCUCAACAAUGGGAUCACGUGAGAACUUUAUUAAUGGUUGGUGCCAUAGGUAGUAAAAUUGUAGUAACCACCAGAAAACCUAGAGUUGCAUCACUCAUGGGAGAUAAUUUUCCGAUUAAUUUGAAAGGUCUUGAUGAAAACGAUUCUUGGAGGUUGUUUUCAAAAAUCGCAUUUAAAGAUGGAGAGGAGGAUGUGCAUACAAACAUCACCCAAACUGGAAAAGAAAUUGCAAAAAUGUGUAAGGGAGUUCCUCUCAUUAUUAAGUCUUUAGCAAUGAUAUUGGGGUCUAAAAGAGAACCGGGGCAGUGGUUGUCUAUUAGAAACAAUAAAAAUUUGCUGUCACUCGGAGAUGAAAAUGAGAAUGUUCUAGGGGUGCUGAAAUUAAGUUAUGAUAAUUUGCCAACUCAUUUGAGACAAUGUUUUACAUAUUGUGCUUUAUUUCCAAAAGACUAUGAGAUUGAGAAAAAGUUGGUGGUACAACUAUGGAUAGCACAAGGUUAUAUUCAAUCUUCAAAUGAUAAUAAUAAGCAAUUAGAGGAUAUAGGGGAUCAAUAUUUUGAGGAAUUAUUGUCAAGGUCAUUGUUGGAGAAGGUGAGAACCAAUCGUUUUACUAAUACAUUAAUUUGUAAAAUGCAUGACCUUAUACAUGAUCUUGCACAAUCAAUUGUAGGAUCUGAGAUCCUUAUUUUAAGAAGUGAUGUAAAUAACAUUUCAGAAGAAGUUCAUCAUGUAUCAUUGUUUGAAGAGGUAAAUCCUAUGAUAAAAGCUCGGAAACCCAUAAGGACCUUUCUAAACCUUGGUGAACAUUCUUUUAAGGAUAGUACAAUUGUAAAUUCAAUUUUUCCGAGUUUUAUGUGUUUACGUGCAUUGAGUUUAAGUCAUAUGGGUGUAGAGAAGGUGCCAAAGUGUUUAGGCAAAUUGAGUCAUUUAAGGUAUCUUGAUCUUUCCUACAAUGAUUUUGAGGUACUUCCAAAUGCUAUUACAAAGUUAAAGAAUUUGCAAACACUAAAACUCGCAAGCUGUCAAAGAUUAAAAAGAAUUCCAGACAAUAUAGGAGAAUUGAUCAAUCUUAGACACUUGGAGAAUAGUAGAUGUCAUGACUUGACUCAUAUGCCACAUGGAAUCGGCAAGUUGACUUUACUUCAAAGUCUACCAUUGUUUGUGGUUGGGAAUGACGUAGGGUUAAGGAAUCACAAAAUUGGUAGCUUGAUUGAGUUGGAAAGCCUGAAGCAACUAAGAGGAGGGUUAUGCAUAAGUAAUCUUCAAAAUGUGAGGGAUGUUGAACUGGUAUCCAGGGGAAAAUUUUUGAAAGGAAAACAAUAUCUUCAGUCCUUGAGAUUGGAAUGGAAUCGGCGGGGCCAAGAUGGGGGGGAUGAGGGUCAUAAGUCAGUGAUGGAAGGCCUUCAACCACACCAACACCUAAAGGGUAUCUUUAUAGAAGGUUAUGGAGGUACGGAGUUUCCAACUUGGAUGAUGAAUGAUGGGUUGGGUUCCCUGUUUCCCUACCUAAUUGAAAUUGAAAUUUCGGGAUGUUCAAGAUGCAAAAUUCUGCCACCCUUUUCUCAACUCCCUUCUCUCAAGUCUUUGACGCUUGAUGAUAUGAAAGAAGCGGUGGAGUUAAAGGAGGGUUCAUUAACAACGCCACUCUUCCCAUCUCUUGAAUCGCUCGAACUCUCUUACAUGCCAAAGUUGAAGGAAUUGUGGAGGAUGGACUUACUAGCAGAGGAAGGUCCUUCAUUUUCUCAUCUUUCGAAGUUAUAUAUUUAUGCAUGCUCUGGUUUGGCAUCCUUGGAACUGCAUUCUCCUUCUCUUUCUCAAUUAGAUAUCAGACUUUGCGAUAACUUGGCAUCCUUGGAACUGCAUUCAUCUCCUUCUCUUUCUGGAUUAACGAUCCAUGAUUGCCCAAACUUGACAUCCAUGGAACUGCCGUCAUCUCCUUCUCUUUCUCGAUUAGAAAUCAGAAAAUGCCCUAACUUGGCAUCCUUCAAAGUGGCUCCAUUACCUUCUCUUGAGACACUAUCUCUGUUCACAGUUAGAUAUGGUGUGAUAUGGCAGAUAAUGUCUGUCUCUGCUUCUUCUUCGUUGAAGUCUCUGUAUAUUGAAAGCAUAGAUGAUAUGAUAUCUCUCCCGAAGGAGCUACUUCAACAUGUUUCUGGCUUGGUAACGUUAUGGAUCCGUAGGUGCCAUAACUUGGCAUCCUUGGAACUGCCGUCAUCUCCUUCUCUUUCUGGAUUAACGAUCGAUGAUUGCCCAAACUUGACAUCCAUGGAACUGCCGUCAUCUCUUUGUCUUUCUGAUUUAGAAAUCAGUAAAUGCCCUAACUUGGCAUCCUUCAAAGUGGCUCCAUUACCUUCUCUUGAGACACUAUCUCUGUUCACAGUUAGAUAUGGUGUGAUAUGGCAGAUAAUGUCUGUCUCUGCUUCUUCUUCGUUGCGGUGUCUGUAUAUUAAAAGCAUAGAUGAUAUGAUAUCUCUCCCGAAGGAGCUACUUCAACAUAUUUCUGGCUUGGUAACGUUAGAGAUCCGUGAGUGUCCUAACUUGCAAUCCAUGGAACUGCCGUCAUCCCAUUGUCUUUCUAAAUUAAAGAUCGUAGAAUGCCCUAACUUGGCAUCCUUCAAUGUGGCAUCAUUACCUCGUCUUGAGGAACUAAGCCUGCGUGGAGUCAGAGCAGAGGUACUGAGGCAAUUAAUGUUUGUCUCUGCUUCUUCUUCAUUGAAGUCUCUGGGUAUAUGGGAGAUUGAUGGUAUGAUAUCUCUCCCAGAGGAGCCGCUUCAAUAUGUUUCCACUCUCGAAACUCUCUACAUUGUUGAGUGCUCUGGUUUGGCAACAUUACUACACUGGAUGGGCAGCCUUUCCUCGCUUACGGAACUUAUUAUUGAUGACUGCUCUGAAUUGACAUCACUGCCAGAAGAGAUCUAUUCCCUUAAAAAACUGCAGACAUUUUAUUUCUGUGAUUAUCCACACCUAGAGGAAAGAUACAACAAGGAAACAGGUAAAGACCGGGCCAAGAUUGCUCAUAUCCCACAUGUUCGUUUCAACAGUGAUUACAUUAUGCGAGUGAAGACUCUAUUUGCUCGAUGAUGUUAUGCACUAAACUGAUCAUUUUACUUGGAGUUCUACAUUCUAAGGGUUUGAGGAAAUAUUGAAAUCUGAUAUGAUAUCUCUCCCAGAGGAGCUGCUUCAACAUGUUUCCAUGAUCUAAGCUCUCACCAUUAGACAUUGCUCUGUUUUUGCAACAUUACAACACUGGAUAGGCAGCCUCCCCUCAGUUACAGAACUUGUAAUUCAUGGCUGUCAGAAGGUAUGUUCCUUCAAAAACUUGCAGAUGCUCAAAAUCUGCAUUGAAGUCUUAAUGAGGGCUGAGGUGCUGUGUCAGUUAAUGUUUCUCUCCACUUCUUCAUUGAAGUCUCUGUCUGUUGGAUGCUCAGAUGCUAUGAUGUCUCCCAGGGGAGCUGCCUCAACAUGUUUCCAGGAUCCAAACUCUCAAAUUGAAUUUUGCUCUGGUUUUGCAAUAUUGCAGCCCUGGAUAGGCCACUUCACCUCACUUAUGGACCUGCAUAUUUGUGACUGCGCUGAAUUGACAUCACGGUCGGAAGAGAUGCAUUCCCUCAAAAGCCUGCUGACACUCAAAAACUUUCAUUGUUGGAACCUAGUUGAAGAUGCCAAAAGGAAACAUUUCAGGUUCAAGAAUACAGUGAGCCAUGCUUGGUACAGAUUCCAUCAAUAUAGAGAGACAUUUCAGAUUUUCUCUUGCAUAAGACGCGUGUGAUUAUUUCUUAUUGGCUCAACUUGAAAUCACUGCCUACAUUCUUCCAUUUCCCAGCUCAAAAUCACAUGGCAAAAGUUUUGAAUUGCCAAAAAAUUUCUCAUGGCCCAUAAAUUCUUAUCUACCAGAUGGCUAAUGGAUGAAGGUCCUGCUUUCUUUAGAAUUCAGGUCUACUCUUUGCCAUAUAUUGCAGGCUUCUCCUCUCUGCAAUAUGAUUGCCCAAACUUGACAUCCAUGGAACUGCCGUCAUCCCAUCGUCUUUCUAAAUUAAAGAUCAUAAAAUGCCCUAACUUGGCAUCCUUCAAUGUGGCAUCAUUACCUCGUCCUGAGGAACUAAGCCUGCGUGGAGUCAGAGCAGAGGUACUGAGGCAGUUCAUGUUUGUCUCUGCUUCUUCAUUGAAGUCUCUGCGUAUACGGGAGAUUGAUGGUAUGAUAUCUCUCCCAGAGGAGUCGCUUCAAUAUGUUUCUACUCUCGAAACUCUCUACAUUGUUAAGUGCUCUGGUUUGGCAACAUUACUACACUGGAUGGGCAGCCUUUCCUCGCUUACGGAACUUAUUAUUUAUGACUGCUCUGAAUUGACAUCACUGCCAGAAGAGAUCUAUUCCCUUAAAAAACUGCAGAAAUUUUAUUUCUGUGAUUAUCCACACCUAGAGGAAAGAUACAACAAGGAAACAGGCAAAGACCGGGCCAAGAUUGCUCAUAUCCCACAUGUUCGUUUCAAGUGUGAUUUCGAUAUGAAAUUUCAGCUUCACAACAUUUUCUGAUGCUGUGCACUAAACUAAUCAUUUUACUUGGAGUUGUACACUCUAAGAGUUUGAGGAAAUACUGAGAGCUUGGAAUUCAUGGCUGCCCUGAAUUGACAUCACUGCCAGAAGAUAUGUUCCCUCAAAAACCUGCAGACACUUAACAAUCUGCAUCUGUUCACACUUAAGAGGAAAGAUGCCGAAAGGAAAGGUGAAGACUAACCCAAGAUUGCUCAUAUCGCACAAAUUGAUAUCAUACAUCCAUGAAGAUUGAACUGAUACAGAAUGUCUUUCAGGCAACUUCGCCUCACUUAUAGACCUUCCUAUUGGUGACCGCACUAAAUUAACAUCACUUUGGAAGAGAUAUGUUACGGACGGAAAAUCUUUCAUUAUAUGCACCUACUUGCAAGAUUCCAAAGGGAAACAAGUGAAUACUUGCCCAAGAAUACAGAGGGCCAUACUUGGUGAAGGUUUCAUCAAUAAGGAGAACCAUUUCAGGUAAUGUGCAUAGAGUUUGUAGAAGAGAAGAAAGAUUUGAUCCAAGAUAUAUUCCUAAAGACCGAAAACUUUCAAAGCCGCCCAAGAUCCCACAGCCCACCUUAAUAAUUUGGGGAGACCAAGAUACGGUAUUCCCAAUAGAACUAGCUUACGAAUUGAAAAGAUUUCACCUUGCUUAAAAAGCUUUUGAUUAUUCAUAUUUGCAAGAUGACUAAGACUUCUGAUUGUGCUCAAAACAUCUGGUUUCUAUUAAAUUUAGGAUACCAACAAAUUGAGUGAGGAGCACAUCUUACUAAAUCAUUUGUCAAUCUAUUCGCCUUCCUAAUCUCAAGCUUCUUCAUGUUUGAAUUAAAACACCUUGGAGUACACAAACAAAAAUGAUGGUAAUGAGUCUUUCUCAUCAUCUUUAUUUUCAUUAGAAGGCAAUUUGUAGCAUCCUCAUUCCCAUUCUUGAAAAUAGGUAGAGAAAUUAGACAUGUUUUCUUAAAUGAUCUUCUUGGUCCAUGCAUGCUUUCUAUAUAUUUGGAAAAAUUUUAAACUAAGUACUUAAAUGACAGAUAUGAUAGUUUUCAAGUUAAUGCACAGAUGGUGAUGGUGAGUAUGCUAAAUAUAGUCUAUGCUUAGUUUAUUUGUUGACAAACUAUCGAGGGCUAGUGCCAAGGGAAACACUUAAUGCACUUGUAUCAUACUCUCUUUUCUUUGCCUUCUUUAGUCAUCAUCCAAGGUUCAUAUAUAAUAUGUCUUUAUCAUUCAACUUUUCAUUUCCAACCACUUUUUAACCUUUUGUCUUUUUAUGGUAUAUUACAUGGCAAUCAAUUUCUAAGAAACUGGUGUACACUAAUUAUAAAUCUUAUCUUUUUGUUCUUAUAGACAAAAGAAGAACAUGCUAAUUGCAUGACAUACAAUUCAUAAUAGAUGUUUAGCUAUGAGGUAAUCUUUAAGUACCUUGGAGCUGAAACAUUUGAUGUUAAUAGGGUUUGAUGAUUCUCACUUUGGUGCUUAGGUGCUUUGUUGGAUUUCAAUUCAGAAGGUAAUGCAUUGGUAUUGUGUAGACGAAUCAAGCCUUCUUUAAUUGAGGUGAGCCUUUAGCAAAAUAUUUUAGGUUUGUUUUCUUUCCAUUUGUUGCUUCAUAUCUACUUUUUGUAAUCAACCAAGCAAGAGUUUCUUACUUGUCAUGCCACAGUGGCGACUUGUAAUAAUCAAUUAUUGAUUGUAAAGAUACUUGGCUUUAUCAAUUAUUAUAUUGAAAUCAAUUCAGUACUAUGGCUAAUGCCAAAAGGAUAAUAUUUAGUUUCGGUUGACCAUUAUUCAUUAUUUUAGAUACAAGUGCUCACAAAUUUUGCAUCUUUGAAGGAUAUGGGAAAGGUUGGCUUAACUGCAUCACCAACUUACAAGCUCCUUAUAGCAUCCAUAAAUAUAACCUUUAUUGUUCAGAUUUAUAAUUCUUAUCUCAUUUUUUUUUCAUCUCUUUAUUGUUUAUAAUUUUUGAGUUGAUUUGUUAAAAAAAAAUAAAUUAAACCUUAUUUGCGAUACUGAUUUUUUUUUAUUCUUUCGUGCAAUAGAAUAAUAAGUUGAAUAAGAAGCAUACACUACUUAAUUGAUAUCACCGUUUAGUCAAUUCUCUUCUCAAUUUCUUUUUUCUCAAUUUUUGUUCAAGGUAAUCAAAGUAUCAUUAUUUCUAUUUCUAAAGGUACUUGUACCCAGCUUGAAAAACUUUAAGACAGGUUAAAGUGGAGAACCAUUCCCAAAACAAGUAAUAACUAUAGUUCAGUUAUUGAUAUCAUAUCCUCGAUUGACAUCUAUGCCAUUGCAUUUGCAUCUAAAGGAUUUAUGAUGAAAAUAAAUAUCUUCUUCAUUUCCAUUUUCCUCCAUUUUUUAUCAUAAUUUAUGUGCAUAUUGAAAGUAUUCAUAGCCCAAUAUAUUUGCUAGCAUAUAUAUGCAUGUCAUAAUAUAUUGAAUUUUUUAGCAUAAGGUCUAAGAGUAUUCACAUAUCUAUAGGUUCUAUAUAUUUAUACUUUUUACAACAUCAAAUGAAGUAUAUGAACCUUAUCCCAAAGGUGAAGUCUCUUUAAAAUGGGCUUCAACAUGUUAGUAGUUACCUGACUUAAUAAUCUAACAAUUUGGUACUAUAUAUCAUUUUGCAACUCUUCCAUAAAGUAAUUGUGUUACCUCUAUUCAAAUUUUCUAUCCUUAUUUAAAAAAAAAAAAAAAACUAAAUUAGUAAUUGUAUGUCAAAUCAUGCUUACAAUCAUUAAUAGGUACUUAUAUGCUAAAUUGAUAAAGUUAUUUUAUAAUUGUUUCAACAUAUUCGUAAAACAAAAACAAAAAAUAUAUAUAUAUAUAUAUAUUAAUAAACAUAUCUUUCUAGAUAUAAUCACUACCAAGCCCAUGUGGAAAGCUAUAGCAAUGAGGAUAUAAGCUUCAGUUAUGUCUUGGAGAUUCAUGUUGGAAGUUGUAGAUCGUGGAUGUAUAGUAUAGGAGUUAGCUUGAGUUUAUCAUUCUUUGAUAUCUUUUAUGUGUUAGUUAUCAUUUAUUAUCUACAACCAAUUUUUUUAAGGAAUUCUAUGAUUUUGUUUAUAAUUUAUAUAUUUGUUUUUAUUUGUACCAGAACAUCACGAAGCUACAAAAGCACCAUUAUAGAGUACCCACCACAAGUCUAAAGGAGCAUGCUUCUCAACCUUCACAAUUACUUAACAUCACGAAGCUACAAAAGCACCAUUAUACAGUACCCACCACAAGUCUAAAGGAGCAUGCUUCUCUACCUUCACAAUUACUUGUAAGCUGCUGAUAAGAUAAUUUUCUCUAUAAUGAGGAAAUCUUCUUUGCACUUA